UGUGAUCCGAGGUUGUAUGAGGUAAGCGAGGUCCCUCUCUCCCAAUUGUUCCUGCCACAAUCGACAUAAGUCAGGUAAGCCAUUGAAAUCUUGAAAUCUUUCCCCUGCCCGUGUACUGGUCCUCGUCACCCCUCCAUCUCGUUGUCAUCCUCAGCUCGUGAACUCGUCAACCUUUACCCUUGUUCUCUAUCUUUUCCCUACAAUUUUUCCCACUUGGACUUUAACGUCUAGUUAUGAUAUCUACGCCUCCCGAUUCUAUCAUGUUAUGAUCUCCAAAUGCCUCCUAUCGUUGGCGUCAUUCUCUUUUUAUCUCCGCUUUGAUUCAAUGUCCCCCGCCCGCUUUCGACCUGCCUGAUCUCAAUAUCGCCAUCCGUCACCCAAGGUGAAGCCAUUUCCUUUCUGUGACAGUUGUCGAGCCGAGCAACAUGUCGGGCGACUCAUCAGCCAAAGACGGCAUUCCGACCCAGCAUUCCUCACAAUCCCCUUGGGAGUCCGAGCAUGCCAGCAAUGAAUCGAGUCAACAGUCCAGCCGGCAACAGAGUCGUCGACCAGACAGGCAAACACAAAGACCUCCCCACAAAGUCACGUUCUCCAUCGCAGAUGACCAGGCAGAGAGCAAUCCCCACAGGCCAGUCGAUUCGAGUCACACCCAUCCAGAGAGCACGGUACCAGAAAUCCACUUUUCCACCCCAGAUGUUGUUACCGACAUCCCGUCGUCUUCAAGUUGGACUGGGAGGACUCACGCAGCGGCUGCUUAUGCUCAAAGUCGUGCUAGUCGGCUCGCAGACAAACUAAGCAGUGGUGAAAGGCGAAACAAGACUCCAUCAGGCUCCAAUACGCCUCUCAUGGCACCACCGCAAGUUUACACACCUCCAAAUCUAUCCCCUCCGCAAAGACCCCUUGACGACUGGCUUGUCAAUGUCGGCGACGUUCCUUUGGAAUCACUCGACAGGGACAAGAGGCCAUAUACCAUUCACGAUGACACUACCGAUGAUGAAUCUGACGUCGAGAAACCCGAACCAUUGAAGCGUGACGAUGAAAAUCUCGAAGAGGCGAGACGACUCAUUCGGACCUUGACCAAAGGGCACAACUUGGGCAUUCCACAAGAUACGAGGUCAGGCACCGCAACACCAGCUAUAGACAAGUACCUCCACGACGUGGAUUAUAUCCCCCCUCCCGACGAGUAUCGUCCUGGUGUUUUCGGUGCCAUCCUUUCUUCAAAGCUUGCCAAUCUAGCCCAUAGCGGCUUCUCUCCUCGAAAUUAUCAAGUGGAAUCACACUCGCCCACCCAUGGCCGCCACAAACACUCUCAGGCUCAUUCCAGAGCUGGGUCUAGUAUCCCCAAUUCCUCCGAGCAUUCUUCUGGUCGUGCAACACCUUCAAAGCGACCCAAAUGGUACGAACAAAGACCCCAUUCCACGGGUUCAAUGGCUGCAUUGCUGGCACAAGCAUCUAUUACUUCCGCGGCACCCGCCGCUCCCGGAACCGCUGGAUCGGUACCGAGACCACCAACACACCGGGCAAAAUCGUCAAACAGCAUGAUUGCAACCGCAGUCGAUAUGAUAAAACACCCCGGCAACCAUUUUCACGCAAAGUCAGAGCAGAUCCGUCGCGCGGAAGAGGAGCAGGUCAUCCAUGAUGUGGCAGAGAUUAUUGCCUGCCGCAAAUAUCUAAAACGACUUGGACGGUCACUGAUGGCUGUUGGGGCGCCGUCUCAUCGCCUUGAAGAAUACAUGAAGACCUCGGCCCGGGCGCUUGGCAUCGACGGCGAUUUCCUAUACCUGCCAGGCUCCAUGAUCGUCUCUCUCAACGACAAGUUGACCAUGAGCACCGAGGUGACGCUUCUCCGCGAAUCGCAGAAUGUUGAGCUGGGCCGAUUUAAAGAUGUUUUCGAAAUCUACAAACUCGUGAUUCAUGGGAAAUACACGGCCCAAGAAGGAACGGACGAGCUCGAAAUUGUCAUGAAGAAGCCUCCGCACAACAAGACAAUCUGGCGGAUUUUCGCAUAUGGUAUCGCCGCUAUUGCAGUUGGCCCCUUUGCUUUUUCUGCACGACCGAUCGACUUUGGACCAAGUUUCCUCCUCGGUUGCACACUCGGCUUCCUCCAGCUUGUGGUGACGACCAAGUCUAGUCAGUUCAGUCAUGUUUUUGAAGUGCUGGCCUCAGUCAUGAUUGCUUUUGUGGCCCGAGGACUCGGGUCCAUUUAUCACAACGGCAAGCCAGUCUUCUGCUUCUCUGCCAUAGCUCAAAGCAGCAUUGCUCUGAUUCUGCCAGGUUAUACGGUCCUUUGUGCUGCUUUGGAACUCCAAAGCAAGAACUUGGUAGCCGGAUCUGUCCGCAUGGUCUACGCAAUAAUCUACUCGCUCUUCCUCGGCUUUGGCAUCUUGAUUGGUACUGUGUUGAUGGGUAUGUAUCUGCUCCUACUGUGAAGGUCUACGACAAAUCACCUUGCUAACGGUUCAUUAGGCCUUGUUUAUCCCGAUGCUCAAGAUGAUGUAACAUGUGACAUUCCGCCUUGGUGGGAUGCGUCGGACCUUAAUUACAUACUUAUCUAUACAAGAUUCCUCUGGGUCCCUAUCUUCGCCGUCUGUCUGGCAUUUAUCAACCAGGCCAAGUGGCGGCAGGUUCCUGUCAUGGCACUGAUUGCCUUUUGUGGAUAUCAGGCCAACUUUUGGAUUUCCACCCGGAUUGCCAACAACAUCCAGGUGUCGAAUGCUAUUGGAGCUUUUGUGGUUGGAUGCAUGGCAAACUUGUACAGCCGAUUUUUUCAUGGGUUGGCGGCUGCAGCCAUGCUGCCUUCAAUCUUUGUCCAGGUGCCGAGCGGGUUGGCGGCGAGUGGAAGUUUGGUGGCGGGCAUCACGAGUGCCAACCAGAUCAGUGGCAACGCGACUGGGGUCAGUAUCGUCAGCAACGGCACGGCGGGCUUUUUGAAUGCACAGAACGGGACUUCGACCGAUGUGUAUGGUGGGACGAUUUUCAAUGUGGGUUAUGGGAUGGUGCAGGUGGCGAUUGGGAUCAGCGUCGGCCUGUACAUGAGCGCUUUGAUUGUUUAUCCUAUUGGGAAAAGGAGAAGUGGUUUGUUCAGUUUCUAAAUGAGCGAUGCAUGGCGAGCGUUGAGCGUUCUUUGGGUCAACUUCAUGGUCAUGGAUGGCAUGAACGGGCAGAUUGAAUGCCCUGCCAGACACGUUGUAAAAUCAUAAACAAUGUUGAAGAAUCAAGAUUCAUUCCAAUUCUGCAAAUAA